AUGAAGCUGAAUACUGCAACAGGAAAGCAAGUGUUCCAAAACUCACAGAAGCUUAUCACAGUCGCACAAUUCUCUACUAGGAAAAGCGGAUUUAAUAAAAAGAAGCUAGACUCAAGCUUGUGGUUAAUGGCUCAGAAUUGUGUUAAGAAUGCACAAAAGCUACGGAAAUUUGUUUGUAAAAUAGCAAGACUUCAAAAGAUUCAUUUUAUAUCUUGA